CAAUCAAUUCCGUUCCCCCUUGGAUCCAUCCAUCCCUCCCCAAACAAACCCCAUCACGCUCGCUUGACUCGAGGUCCAGGUCCAGGAGGAGCUCCUCCUUCUCCUCCUCCUCGGAAGCCGGCCAUGUCGUCCUCCUCCUCCACCACCAAGGUCUUCACCCUCGAGGAGGUCGCCAAGCACGCCUCCAAGGACGACUGCUGGCUAGUCAUCGCCGGCAAGGUGUACAAUGUGACCAAGUUCCUUGAUGACCACCCUGGAGGCGACGACGUCCUGCUGUCUUCAACUGCCAAGGACGCGACCGAUGACUUUGAGGAUGUGGGACACAGCACGACCGCUCGGGCGAUGAUGGACGAGUACUAUGUCGGCGAGAUCGACGCGACCACGAUACCCACCAAGGUCAAGUACAUGCCGCCCAAGCAGCCACACUACAACCAGGACAAGACCCCGGAGUUCAUCAUCAAGAUCCUCCAGUUCUUGGUCCCCCUGGCGAUACUGGGCCUGGCCGUCGCCGUACGGAUCUACACCAAGUCGGAGUCUGUCUAGUACCGUCAUCUUAUAUCAGUCAUAUCAGUCAGUCAUUCGGAAAGGGUUCAAGAGCUGAAUAAGUUUUUAGUGGGGAUUUGCAUAUUUUGUACCAGCGUCACUGUCCUGUCAUGAAAUCUGGGAACUGUUCUCGACCCGUCGUUGCGUUAUGGUUCUAAGACGUCCGCUGUUGAAUCAUGACUCGGGUAAAACGGAUUAGAUACUUGGCUAUAUUUUCCAUAUUGCUGGUGAAUGUUGAGACAUGCAUAUUCUUAAUUUGAUGUGGUUAGUUGUGUAA